AAUUAGUAGAUCGUCGAAGUCGAACUUCUGUAGAUCAUCUUGAGCGUAUAAGACGUCGCGCAACGUCGAUACUUGGCAAUCUCUUAUAUCAAGUAGACUUUAGCAAAAUGUUAUUUUAUUUAUCGCUGAUUGCUGUACCACCAUUUCUCAUUGCUGCAUUUCCACAAAAUUUGGAUAAUGCAGUUCAAGCAGAUGGCUUCGUUUUUGAUGGUGCAGUAGCUUCCGAGCAAUCUAAUGGAAGCCAAAGAAUUCCUUCAACAUCCACACCGACAAUUGUGACGUCUACUACUCUGACUAAUAAUGACAUAUACAAUGCAUGCUUAGAUAAUUGCCCGGUAACACACGAAUACAAUCCUGUUUGUGGUACAGACAACGUCGAUUACACUAAUCCAGGAGGAUUGGGUUGCGCGCAACGCUGUGGAAAAGAGGUGACACUAAAUCAUUAUGGACGCUGUUCAACAGGCAGAACUGGAUAACUUGCAAUUUUCAUUACACAAUACAAUUCAUGAUAAUAAAUGUUUUAAUGAAAGACUGGCAAGUAUAAGAAAAAUAAACAUAUUUACACACCGCUAUAUGUAUACAUAAUAUAUUCAAUGUAAGUGUAU